ACCACAUACAACCACUCGUCGGAACGCGUUUCUUUUGCUUCAGCAGCACUUUACAUAACACGACGACAGAAAUGGCAUCAACUGCCGAAUGGACCGUACUGGAGAAACUACUUCUAGCUCAGGCUGUCUAUAAGUUUGGCGAAGAUAACUGGUUCCAGAUCGCACGCAAUCUUAAGCAGCACAGCAUGUUGGAUCGACAACCCGAGUUUUUCAAUCAAAAAAAUUGCUCACUACAAUACUACUUAUUGAUUGAAGAUCUUGAAAAUGAAAAACGACAGACAAAGUCGAGUGCCAGUGCUACGGCACAGGACAUGCCACCAGUGGUCAAGUUAGCCAAACAGCUUUAUAUUCAACGUAUCGAUGAAUUAAAAAGGGCGAUCAAACAAGACGAUGUGAAAUUCAUGCAAUUGAUUGGUGAAAUUGAAGAGAUUCGUGCUGGCAAAUGGGACGCGAAACUAGGGUCCCAAGUCGAAGAGAUUGAAGAAACUACUAUUACUCCACAAGAAACUACGGCUACUGUACAACAAGCAGAAUUUCAGCAACAACAACAACAGCAGCAGCAAGAAUCAUUAUCAUCCUCAGAAAAGUCAGAGAAAGGAAAAGAAGAUGAACCGAAAGCAGAAGUGAAAGAAACUUCAUCACAAGCAGUAUCUCCCACGUCAGAAGCAGCAACCCCUACCAUGACUACAUCCUCCGUAACUUCUACCACACCUACUACUACAAUGGCACCAGCUACCAGCACUAUAGAUGUACAAUAUACCCCAGCCCGAACAUCUGCUGAAACAACCGCCCAAUCACUUACGCAAAGCGCAGAUAUUAUGGAAGUAGUAUCAGAAAUACCACCGUCAUCCCAACCAAAAGCUGAAGCCUCUACAGUAGAAGCAAUGAGUACAACACCCCCACAGCAAGUGGUACAGACACCAACGCCUGAGCAAGAAAAAGUACCGACACCUGUAGAAAAGGUGGAACCGAUGGAGGUUGAUACACGAGAACCCGAGGCUACCAUGGUACCUUCAGUAGUUGAGGAAACGGCAGCGCCUGCACAAGCACUCCAGCAUGAGCCACAUGUCACAGCACAGCCUACAGUUUCGCCGCCGUUGCCCCAGCAUCAAAGUGAUACGACAGGUCAACAAAAACCAACUACACCUGCAAUGAGCGCUUCACCACAAUCAGACACCAGCUACCAAUCCGCCCUGGAAGCCACACCCGCCGCGACACUUGUCCAACCUGCAACACUCGACGAAAGUACAGUAACCACUGACCAGCAAGCCGCUUUACCGCCAGGAGAGCCAGCGGCAGCACUCCCCUCUGAAGGCGAAAAACGUAAGCUCGAGGAUUUUGAAAUGACUGAAAACUAUAAUGAUGAACAACAAGCAACCAAACGCCAACGUCUUGAGCAGCCUUCUAAGGAAUCAACAGCCGAAUAUCAAGACAACGAAGGCUCUCAGGAACAACUUGGAUCCGCAGCUGCCACAUCCUUGUCCGCAGAUGAAGAACGUAUAAAGACAGAACCAUCAUCAGAGCCCAAAUCUCCUGAGGCGAUGAAUUUGAAAUCACCCGAAGGCCCUUUAUCGGUAAUGAGUGGGGCGGAUGCUGAAGGAACAGAAAGUGUUACCGGCAGCGAAAGCAAUGCACCGACCCCCACAUCUUCUUCUGAUAAACGCAAGAGCAAAGAUGAACAACGGCAGCAAAAGUCUUGGCAAAAGAACAUCAAUCUCCUGUGGCGCGAAAUAGCGAAUCACAAGAAUGGAGCCAUGUUCAUGAACCCAAUCAAGGAAGCAACUGCACCUCUGUACUACGAAGUCGUCAAGCAUCCUGUUGACCUCAAGACCAUCAAGAACAGAAUCAGAGAUGGGGCGAUAAAAACCACUGUUGAAUUUGAACGGGACAUCGUCUUGAUGCUGACCAACUCUUUAAUGUACAACAAAGAGGGCACCGAGAUAUACCAGAUGGCAUUGGAGAUGCUUGAAGAUGUGAACGAACAAUUGAAACUGUUCAAAACCGCAGAUAGUAAUUCGUCAACAACGACAACGCAUACUCGAAAGGCAUCCACAGUAGCUAAAGAUCGACGAAAGAGCGUAGCCGAGUAGUGAUGAUGACGAUAUUAAAUAAAAGAUCGUGUGCAC